AUGUCAUCCGCAGUUGUUGGUUGUACUCAAGUCGCUUCAAAGAGUGUAGAGGGUCGCAUGGAGGCUCAAGUACAGCUCAUGAAGAGUCAAAUUGACUUCCUCCAUGAUGCUUUGGCCAAGGUUAAGGAAGCAAACCGAGACUUAUCUCAAUUGCUUUCAAAUCAGCAAGAUAAAGCUAUGCAAGAUAAAGCUAUGGUAAGUUUUGAGAAAAUUGCUGAAAAUUUAAGAGUCUUAUGUGAUCGUUUUGAAGUUAAACAAGUACCCUCGUAUGCUGGAAUGUUGCAAGUGUCAUUGCCUUUGUUUUAUGGUUGUCAUAGAGAAUAUGAUACUUGGGAAAAGAGCAUAGAGAAUUUGUUUGUGUUGCUUAACAUAGAGAAAGAGAGUGAGAAAAUAGCCUUAGCUAUAGGUUGUUUUCGUUCUAAUGCUUUGAAUUGGUGGAAGCUAGUUUCAAAUAUCUAUUCGCAUUAUUGGUAUCGUAAUUUGGAUGAUUGGCAUGAUUUGAGAAGUGCUUUGCGAGAAAGAUAUGCUGGGUUGUUUCUGAGUUCAGAAGUGGAUGAGAAUGAUUACAUGUUGACAUACCGUUUCCACUAUGGCUUGGACAAGUGGUUCAAACAACAUCCAAAGAUCAGGAGACAAUCAAGGCUCUAUGAGGCAUACUAUGCUGCCUUAGAAGUGAAAAGAGAGCACGAUACUUCUUGUGGUUGGAAUGGUCCAAUUGAGGAUCAGGGGCCAAUCAAGGAAGAAAGGAUGGAUCUUGACUACCUAUGUGAUAGGGAGUUGGUUCAAAAGAGCUAUGAUCAAGGUGAUGAGAAUGUCAUUAACUUUGGGGUUCAAACCAAAGGAGAUGAAGACCUCAUGGAAAUAAGUGCUGAAGAGUAUCAAGAGAGUUUGACUCUGUGUGCUCCAUGA